AUGACACUGUAUCUCUCUGAGGUGUAUCCAGCUAAUGUUUAUAGUGUCAAUAAUAAUGAGGAAGGAUUGCUUCAUGGAGCUGCUCAGAGUGGUAGUAAGGAUAUAAUUCAAUUCCUAGUGGAGUCAUACAGUCUUGAUCCAGAGUCCCAGGAUAAAGAUGGAGUGACAUGUUUACACAUAUUAGCAAAGCAAGGAGAUAAAGAGAUAUACCAGUAUCUUGUACCUUAUGUUAGGAAUAAUCCAACUCCUAAGGAUAAAGCUGGUCGGUCUCCACUUCAUUAUGCUGGUAGACAUUAUCAGAUGUCACUGUAUCUCAUUCAAUCUUUUGAUAUUCAUCCUGAAGACAAAGACACUAAUGGAUUCACUGGUCUUCAUGCUGCCUGUCAAGCUGGUAACAUGCCACUAGUAUUACAUUAUUUGAAUAAACUUAACUGCAAUCGUUAUUUAGAGACACACGACUCUAAAGGUCUCUUAUAUUUUGCUUGUUUGAGCGGUCACUUGGAAAUGGUUUGUAUUUUAAUGGAAAAGUAUCAGUUAAAACCAGUUCAAAGAGACAUUGAUGCAGCACAGUCAAUCAAAGGAGGAGAGUCUAUAGUCAAAUUGUUGCUCAGACGCUUUUACUUUGUAAAAUUAAUACAAGAAAUGAUUAAAGAAGCAGAAAAAAGACAAGUAUUGCCCAUAGCUACUAAACCUCGUCCUUCAUUUAUAUCCUAA